CGCCGUCGCCUGGCCACGCCCCCUCGUCCGCUCCCAUAGCUACGGGAGGAGGCGGCGGCGGCGGACAUCUUGGCAUCGGCGGCGGGCCCGGCGGGGCGAUGAGCGGCUCGAAGCCGAGGGUGGCGCCGGCCGGCGGGGCGCUGAGCCGGCUACGCGGGCGGAGGGGCUCCGGGGACGCGUCGCUCGCGGCCGUGGCCCCGCUUCGGGCCGCCGUCCUGCCCCGCACGGAGUCGGAGCUCCUGGCGCUGGAGGCCGUCCGCCCCGAACACGUCCUGGGGCUCAGCCGCGUCACCGAGAAUUACCUGUGCCGACCUGAGGACAACAUCUACAAUAUUGACUUCACCAAGUUCAGGAUCAGGGACCUAGAGACUGGGACGGUGCUAUUCGAAAUUGCCAAACCUUCUGCUUCAGAGCUAGAGGAUGACGACAGUGACCUUGGGGACACCAGCACCGGGCGCUUUGUCCGCUAUCAGUUCACGCCUGCCUUUCUGCGCCUCCGGACAGUUGGGGCAACUGUGGAGUUCACAGUAGGAGACAAGCCUGUAUCGAACUUCCGUAUGAUUGAGAGGCAUUACUUCAGAGACCGUCUUCUCAAGAAUUUUGACUUUGAUUUUGGCUUCUGCAUCCCUAACAGCAGGAACACUUGUGAGCACAUCUACGAGUUCCCCCAACUUUCAGAGGACCUUGUCCGUCUGAUGGUUGAAAACCCCUACGAGACCCGCUCAGACAGCUUCUACUUUGUUGACAACAAGCUGAUCAUGCACAAUAAGGCUGACUACGCCUACAAUGGAGGGCAGUAGCCUCUGCAGCUGCAGCCCCUGGACAUUGUGCUUCUGCUAGCCAUCCUGGGCAUGCUGGAGGAGAGCAGGAAAGCCGCUCCAGACUCUGAGCCCCCCCCCCCACCAUGGAAAACCCUGCAAGGCUCAAGAUGUGAGGUGGAAGAGGCUGAGGUGGCAACAGGUGACAGUAAAAGAGCUCUCCUUUGCAAUCGUGCCCCUUCCAGCGUUUGUUCCUUUCCUGGCCUCUGCUUGACUUCCAAGGGUCCCUGGGUCAGGUAACGUGUCAGACUGUCUGUUAAAUGUUAACUGAUGUAGCAGUUCUUGUAGUUUGGCAAACUUGGCCAUUGGUAUUUCUUGUGUGGUCUUCCCCUUCUGGUGAGCAAAGGCUCCUUAGCGCGAGGCUUUUGCCUCUUCCAAGUAGGCAGUGAAGUGUGGAUUGAGGUCCCCCUUCUGAGGGGUGUGAUGGGGCUGGUGACUCCCUUUGGUGAUGGUCUUCCCCCCACAGCCAACCCUAAAAACAAGCAGGAGGAGAAUUUAAAACAAGGGGAUGCUCCAAGUUUUAACAGUGCAGGGAUCAUCUUCUGCAGUCUUGGAUGUUCCUUAACCUCUGUUGGACCCGUUUGUGUUCUGCAGUGUGUUCUGCAAUGGGUGAGCAGACAAGGGUCUUUUUUGUCAACCAACUUGGGGGGAGGACGAGGAGAGGCCUUCCCUCCCCCUCACUCCCAGCUUCCCUACUCUGGCUGCAAUUUGGCAGCAGGGCAGAUUCUGCUGGGGGGUUCUUCUGUUUAUGUGUGAAAAUGUAAUAACCCAUUAAAAAUGGUAUUAUUGUAAGAAAGGGUGGUGUUGACCAGCCUGUAUUACCUGUCCUGGUGCUUCACUUUGUGCCACCAUUAAAUGGGGUUCCAAAGACACCCAUCCCCCCAGCGCAAUGAGAUAUUUGGCCCUUCUGCUUGGCUGUGAAAAUAAGGAACUUCCCCUCUUGAAUGCUGCAACUCUGAGCUUUUUGGUUGUGCCUUGUUGGCUCCAUUAAAAUGUAUAGGAAACCAGCUGGCUUUUGCUGUUGAGGGGCAGCGACGCCUUUCGGGGUUAGGCCUGUGUAGGUUGUAGCCUCCGAGGACAGACAACUGGGUGAGUGUCUGAGGCCGGGGGGGGGGGGAGGAGGAAGCCUCUCAGUGAGUGAAGCAGGAGCCUUCCUCGGAUGCUCUUGUCGGCAACUACAAAGCAGUGUGUUUUUCCUUCUCUGUCUCUUGCUCUCUCACUUCAGUGUUAAGUUGGUGUUCAGAGGCCUUGCCAGCUGCUGGUUGUUCCAAGUGGCAGUCUGUGUGUAAGAAGAACUGUUGCAGGCUCUCGGGACCAGCCCUUUUUGCAGGGGGACACCCACGUUCCCCUGGAAUAGAUCCCUUCUGAGAGGGAAAGAUGAUCAUUACAGAUUGAAGGGAAGCCCAUGGUGAAAACUGUCUGGAUUCUUAUCUGUAAGAUAGGAUGUUCUUAACAACAUCAAAAUAUUGGGGAUGUAAUAAAGGUGAAAAGGGCAGCGCUUUAUGUCCGUGGCCAAGUUUGUGGGAUUUAAAAACAACAACUCUAUGUUUUGGUUUUCUUCCUAACUUGUGAUCUUUGGGCUCCUGCACUGGGUCCAGUUGUCUCCAUCGCUGAUUGAUGAUGGUCACCUUUUUUGCUGCCGUCUGCUGCCCUCGGCUUUCCGCAGAAAGGCCCCUUUUCUCCCUCUGUCCAAGGCCACGCUCCAGAGGAACAGUCAAGAGAGGUCUUUCCUGUUCCACAGGAGGUGGGGAGGGAGGCGAGGGGUCUUGAGUCAAUGUGAUGACACACCAGGUGCCUUUAAAACAGCCUUCUGACUGCUCCUCCGGCUUCUCCCAUGUGAUGAUCUGUCUGCUUUCUGACAAACUAACCCUGGAUGCAGUUGGAAGGGAUAUGUCAUCAUCUGAGCCAGGAGCAGGUACUCUGCUUUGCAAUAAACUCCUAGCUGCUUGCCCCCUUCCCUAGGCUCUAGACUCUUCUCUCCCCAGUCCCCUGCCAGAUUUCUCUGGCUUGAGAACUGAAACUCCCCCCCCAAAAAAACAAAAAGGCUACUGUCUCAGCAAUAAGAAAGGCAAAUAGGGAUUUGGAAGCAGGGCUUGCGGAGGAGUUCUUUGGUAAAAUAACCCCUCCGCAGUUGCUUUGACUUUGCUGAACCAAAAAUGUGAGAGGGAGAAGGAACCUUGGAGGGGAAGCAGCUGUCCUGACACCCCAGAUUACAUGACCCAGUGUGUGGCUUGAUGUUCUCUGGGGCACUUUGUGUCAAGAGAAACCCUUUGAAUCCCCCCUCCCUGUUAGAAGGUGGCUCUGCCUUUCGCUGACUUAUUUGCCUGCCCCAUUGGAUCAGGGUCUCCAAGUCCGUUGUAGAACUCUGCUCCCUCUACCAGUGCCAUCUUCCUGCCACGCAGUCUGCACCCAUGGACUGCAUGCCAAAGAGGAGAGGAAGCGUCCGUUUCCGCUGCGAUGCCCGUGGGGUGGGGGUAAGCAGGCACAAAAACAGUGCCUAUCUUAAAGACUUGAGUUUAUGACUGGAAUAAAUGGGCCAUGUGCUCAAGCCAGUUGCUAAUCCCUUGCUUCGCUUGCCGUGGAGAAGGUCUUCUCCUUUGAUGCUUCCUGCGUGGCCAUCGCGUGGGUGCCUGGGGGCUUCCUUGUGGCAUGUGCAGCAUUGAGCCCGCACCGUGACUGUGGACCAAAGCGUCCGUCUCCCUGACUUGAUCUAGACCUGUUGUCUUCCUCUGGAGAAAUUGCCAAAUGAAACGGAGGGCUCUUCCUGCUGUGUACCUCAAAGGCUCAUUUUGUCCCUGUUGAAUAAACCAGGAAUAAUUAUGCAAAACACUUGAAAGCAAGAAGUAUCAGUGGGAAAGGGCACUGGAGGGACGCUGACUUCUGUCUUGUAUGCAGAUUGAUACUGAUGACAGGUUUGCCACAAAGUAUCUGCCUUAAAACAUUGCUGUACUGUGUAAGGUUUGGUAACGUCCUCCAGUGAUUUUGACAAAGGCUGCUUCAGUUUUGUUCCUGUGGUCCUAACUCUGCCUUGCUAGCCCACCCCAUCCUGAGUAGCGGAGAGACCUGGUCACACCCAGGCCCACACGCUUAAAUUAAAUUAGCAGCUCCUUCUCAUCAAGCACCAGCAAACACACCUGGAUCUCCUGUGUUUUGGGUUGUUUUUUACAAUGGGGAUUUUCUAAGCCCAUGAGAUGGAGGCAAGGCAAUGAUUUAUUUCUCAGUGCCACUGAUUUUUCUGGGACUUUGCUGGGGUGACAGUUAAAGAAAACCUGGUUGCAUGCUAUGCCAUGAGCCAUUCACCAAUGCGGGAGGGGGGUCACUUGUAGGACUGUGGCAAAAUGGGCUCCCCCAGCAUGGCUUUCUGGCUGCGAAUCAGCUUUUGAACGGUUUCCCUGCUAGAUUUGUUUUUAAAAUAGGUCCUUCUAUCCUAUAGCAGUCUUUGCGCACCUAUGACCCUUGGGGCCUUCCAGCUUGCGAAUUGCAGAGAAGAGAUCACCAUUGUCUAUUUUUCUGUCAAGGUAUUUUUUCAUAGAGAAUGACAGGAGUGUCCAAGGGGUCUGUGUGAUUUCCCCGGUUACAAUCACAUCACUGAACCUUCAUCUUCUGUGUCUCCUAAACCUACAGUAAACUCGCUGACUUGUUUGUAUAAAAUGUUAUUUUGUCAAAAGCAAUAGUAAUAAAAAAGCCCCAAAAUUA